CGCGGCGGCGGCGGGGCCUGGGCUCCUCCCGGCCGCCCCACGCGGCGUCAGAGGGAGGCGGAAGCCGGGUGACUGCGACGCUGCGGCCGCCGCUCUCCACUCGCCGCCGCCGGAGAGGCCGGUGACCUCUUGGCCGCCCGCCGCGGAGCUCAGAUGGCUCAGGCGAAGAUCAACGCGAAAGCCAACGAGGGCCGCUUCUGCCGCUCCUCCUCCAUGGCCGACCGCUCCAGCCGCCUGCUGGAGAGCCUGGACCAGCUGGAGCUCAGGGUGGAAGCUUUAAGAGAAGCAGCAACUGCCAUUGAGCAAGAGAGAGAAAUCCUCCUGGAAAUGAUCCACAGUAUCCAGAACAGCCAGGACAUGAGGCAGAUCAGCGAUGGAGAAAGAGAAGAAUUAAAUCUGACCGCAAACCGUCUGAUGGGACGAACCCUCACUGUUGAAGUUUCAGUGGAAACCAUUAGAAACCCUCAGCAGCAGGAAUCCCUAAAGCAUGCCACCAGGAUUAUCGAUGAGGUGGUCAGUAAGUUUCUGAAUGAUUUGGGAAAUGCCAGGAGUCACUUGAUGUCGCUGUACAGUGCGUGUUCGUCUGAGGUGCCGCCUGGGCCAGUUGACCAGAAGUUUCAAUCCAUAGUCAUUGGCUGUGCACUUGAAGAUCAGAAGAAAAUUAAGAGACGCUUGGAGACUCUGCUUAGAAAUAUUGAAAGCUCCGACAAGGCCAUCAAGCUGCUAGAGCAUUCUAAAGGAGCGGGCUCCCUAGCUCUGCAACAGAAUGCUGAUGGCAGAUUUAAUUAGUUUCCAAACCCGAGAGCAAUGAUGUGAAAAUAACAUGCUAUCUUAAGUGAUAACUAGUUCUUUAUGUUAGGCAUAACCACUCAUUUGAUGAAGAAGAUGAAAAUAUUCCAGUGUCAUCAGUUUUAUGAAUAACAAUUAAAAAGUAGAAAUAUUUUAAUUAUCUUCCUGUAAGUUUUUAGAUUGACUUAUUGUCUUAUACUAGGAACUAGCACCAUAUAUAUAUGUAUUUUUUACUAUUCUGUGGAUGAAUGUUUUGUAUGUGGGGGAAGUACAGUAGGUGCUCAGCUAGGGGUAAAAGAACCACUGUUCUUACCAGGGCUUUGUCUGGUGUGGAGACACACGGGCACGUGGGGCAUUUGGUUAACUAGAAAGCUUUGCGCAGCAGCACACGCACAUUUCAUGUUAGCCAAGCAGAGUGUUUACAGGGAUAAAAGGAAUCACAGAGUAAGAACCUUUCCCUACAUUCUCUCAAUCAGCAGUUUUUUUAGACAUGCAUGUCAAAUUAUUUUAAACUUAAAGAUUUACACAUCUCAUAAUAGAAAUAAUUUCUUGAUAUACAUGAAAAUAUGGCAAAUGAGAAAAAUUCACAUCUGAUUUUACCACUGUGAACAAUUAUGCAUUCACUUCAUCUUUUCCACAUGCAUCAUUUCUCUAAAAUGUUAAUUACUAUGUAAAUACAAUGUUGUAACUUGCUUUUAAAAAUAAUUAAAUGCUGCUAUAAAGUCCACUUAAAUUGUCAACUUAAAAACCUCUGACUUACCCAGUCCCCUCACUAGACAAUUGUUUCCAGUUUGUUGCCAUUACUGCAUAGAGCUUUUCCAUUUUUUUGUUUUUUAUUUUUUUUAUAAAUUCCCAGCAAUGAGUCAAAGGGUAUAUACAUUUUCAUGGCCUGAUGUAAUUCUAGUUGUUUUUCUUUGUCUAAGAGUUAUCAAUUUAUACUGUCUUAAAUAAUUAAAAUGUAGCUAUUUCACUGAGCUUUCCAGCAUUAAGCAUUUUUUUCUAACAUUAGAUAUGAAACAUCUUUAGUUUGCAUUUUUUACUAACAAAGUUGACCAGUGUAUUGAUUAUUCUUUUAACUGUAACAAAUGAAGCAACUAUAGAACACUUUUAUUUAUUAUUAGUGUUAUUGACAUACAAAGCCCUAAACUUUCCCAAAUACUACUGCAAAACAAACAUGUCAAACUCAAUUUUUAUUAGAGCAUAAGUAUUCUUUCACACUGGAAAAAAGUUAAGAUUCGGGUUAUUUAUUUAUAUCAAUGUAUAUUUAUCUAUCAAUGAAAACAAUUCUGAGCUUGGCUUUCUGGACAAAAAUGCCCAAUUAGUCUCUCUUCAUAAAAAGCAAUUACAAUCUAAGGAUAUUCACGGCCGCACUGAUUGCCAGCCCCAAGUCCUCUUCAUUUAAAUCUUUCCAUUUCAUGGGGAACAUUCAUUCUCAUUGAUAAUGGUGGCAAAGCCUCUUGACUUGCCAGCCGAUUCUAACUUGCUGUUACCAGGGUCACUGUCAGAUAAAGAUUUUCUCUUUGUGCCAUCUGUUUAUCAGCUUCUUGAAAAUUAAGACACACACGAUCAAGUUUUCCUCAAGUUCUCAAGGACUGUCAGCAUCUGUACAUCCCGUCUAUUUGGGGAAGUAAGUACUCCCCCUUUCCACUGACUCCACGUCAGCCCGGGACUGUACCACAAACAUUCCAGCGCUGUUUGUCUCAUUCUUUACAGUGAAGUUUAUUGGAGGCUAUUCCUUAUCGCAGACUCGAGAGCUGCGACCUGUCUCCAAGCUGCGCCAGUCCCUGGUCUGCUGGCCACCAGCCUGAGCCACGUUCAAAGGGCAGUGACCUCAGUGUGUUGAUUCUUAUUUAUUUUUAAGAAUGGAAGUGUGACUUAUUUUCAAAUGACGAAACUCCCAAGCGUCACAUUUUUACCUUCAUUUAAACUGUCGUCUUCUAUGUAGGUAGUAGAUUUGGACCAUAAGGGAAUUCUGAGUAUAUGUUUUGUCCAUGUUGAUCUAGUCCCUAACAGCCAUAAUUGGGAUCGGAUACCAUUUCUAGAAUGUGAUGUACAAUUUUAGGGCAGCCCUUUGCCAUCCCUCAUGAGCACUGCUUCCCAGUAGAGUUCCCAUGCCCACCCUAGUUUCUCUCGUGUGAGCCAGCAGGACCUGCAGAGGAGCCGACAAGAGCAGUCAGUGCUGGUCAUUGACUGACGGCAGUGACACUGCUGCCCAGUUAGAAAUCUGGCAGAUAUACUGGUAGAAUUGACCCUCCUGGUAUUUUAAUGUAGGAAUCUCUGACAUUGAAAAAAUCCCUGUGCUGGCUUCCAGCUGUGCUUCCCUCCCAGUCUCAGUGUUGCACCCCCUGGGCACCAUUCACACUGUAUUGUAUGUGGGUGGGUCCUCCCUUUAAUUUAAUGAAACAUUAGCCAAGUGAGGCAUAUGCAGAGGGACAGCGUGCAGGCAGGGAGGACCCUUUGUGUUGGAGCUCAGUCUAGUACCGAGUCAGAACUCACCCUAACGAGGAGAUCGACUGUUUCAACAUUUUAAAACUGGAAAGCAUGAGAGAAUUUAGCAACCACUGAAAGAAGCAGAGGAAGGGUCUGGCACACCAAAUUAUAUGCAACAAUUUUUAGCGGGGAAACACCUGUGCAUUUGUCCCUUUCACACGGCUGUGAUAAACACUAGUAUCUUGGGAGUGCAGCUACAUGAUAAUGCUAUUUUUGAAAGAUGGAUUUUACAAUUAUUCAAAACAAAAGUGGAAAGUCAGAGCUGAAAAGGCAAGACAAAGACAGCAGUGAGCCUGAACUUCUUUUUGUGUGUCUACUCAUGUAACAACCAAGCCAAAUGAAACGGGCCUUCUGCUUAGGGACACGGCCACGUUCUUAAGUUUUCAACAUGAACUAAGGGUAAACAGCUUGAACUGGACCACACAAAUCUUUCAAUUAUCCACCUCAACCCCCUAAAUAGUGUAGCAAAUAUGCCUCUUUUGCAUGUAGUGGGCAUUCAGAUCACUUUGGCAGUCACACGUUUGGUGAGGAGCCGAUUUCAGUGUCUAGUCCAGCUUUAAUGUGCCAUAUUCCCGGGGUGACCAGAACAGGUUAAAUAAAUUAGGCACAGUUUGUGCAGGAAAUUUGACAAAAGGGAUCAGAAAAGAGUGAAAAACCUGGGCUUAGACUUAGCAUUUGGAUCCAGGGAGUAUUACCUCCCAAAUGUAACCGUCAGAUAAUACAAGACCUGAGACAAAACAACACAGAGGCCAUAAGCUUUGCUGCUGGGAGACCUGGCACACACCUCCCACCCCCUCUCUUACCGCAGAGAGCCUAGGCACAUCCCUGCCCCCCGAGCUGUAAAGUGGGGGUGAGAAUGCUCCUGUUAGGAACUUCAAGAGAUACAGCAUGCAAGGUGUUUAGCAUGGUGGCUAACAGAAAGCACUUGUUAAAUAAAUUUGAACUAUAUUUUGUACCACAGGACAAAGUAAAUAUAUUUUUUGACGGGGGGUCGGGGGAAGGGAGAGGGGCUGGUGAGAGAUGCUCAAAGCACAAGGAAAUGACUUCUUUAAACAGACUGAUACUGAUAGAAAUAAAGAGGAAAUUUAGUUUCCAAGGCAAAAUUACUUAAACCACAGUGCUGCUAAAUAUCUACUAUCAAUAAAAUGAGUAUGCUAAAUAUUGGCAGAGUGAGUAUUUGAAAUAUGAAAUAUUUUUAAGUUGUUUUGAUUUUUAAAGAAGUCAUACCUUUUACUAUUUGGUUCCACGCUGGUGACACAUAUCAAACGAAAUUCAGGCGUUGAAAUGCAUUUAUUUUUUGAUUAUUGGAAUUAAUCUUUCAUGAAAUUUUUAUUAAGUAGUAGAUUUUAAAUUAAGCUCACGUGCAUAACUGCAACCCAAUAGUAAUACAUACAAGUGGUUUUUCAUUCAAAUUUACAAAAGCAUUAUUUAGUAGUAACAAAAAUAUAGAAGGGGUUGAGAUUUCCUUUUAAUCCAAAGUUUUUAUUUUUAGACCAUCUACCAGUAUCCUACUAUAGAUAUUUCAAGAGAGAGAAGAAAAGGAGUACUAAUAAAAGUUAUUACAGCUAAUCCAUCCAUUUACCUGGGAAUUAGGUAAUUGGAUAUUCCAGAGUCCACUGUGGUUUUAAAUUGUUAGCAAACAAAUUCACUAGUAAGAUAAGCUUACAUGUUUUAGGGUGAAAACUUUAAGAGUGAUAACAGUACACAUGUUCGUAACUAGUAGUUAAAACUGAAUAAAUCUACCUGUUCAUUAGAUUGACUGUGCAAUGUGGGAAAUCUUUAUAAUUCACUUUGUUUUCAGAGAAACAGAUUAUCCAGUAAUGGGGGCACUUCAGCAAAUUACCAGUAAACUAUUUCAGAGGUUUUGAAAAGGAUGCUCAAUUAAUAUUUUACAUUAAAAUACUUCACUAUAAGUUGGGACAUUAGGUCCUGAAGCCAACUCCUCGUUCUGAGAUCUUCAGAAUAGACUCCAGUCCCUAACAGUCACAGGCUCAGUGGGUGCAUUAAUGAGUGUUCUUUCUGCACUGAGUUGUCAACUUCUGAAACAACCAUCUAACUUCACUCCACAGGGAGGUGCCCAUCCUCUUUUUGGUAGUGUCACUUUUACUUUAUUUUUAAAAAGUUUAUGUGGGUUAUCAACUUUGGGCAGAUGGAAAGAAAACCAUUUCGCCUGGUUUUAUUUAACUACUAGAGGCCUGAUGCACAAAAUUCGUGCAAGAGUAGGCCUUCCUUCCCUCCCCCGGCUGCCGGCACCGGCUUCCCUCUGGCAACCAGGACCCGGGCUUCUCUCCAGCCACCAGCAGGCACCCAGGACCCAGGCUUCCCUGGUAGGGAAGGUCUAAUUAGCAUAUUAUGCUUUUAUUAUUAUAGAUACUGCCUUAUAUGUGCUGUUCUGUGUGCUAUUUAAUUCAAUAGGAGACUGAAAGAGGAAAAGGAAACCUCGGGAACUUUGAAAUAUGGCAGUUAUUACAAAGCUAUAUGUCUGAAUGCUAAACAUUAGCCAUAAUAUAAAAAAUACAUUAGAGCACAAAUGCACAACCUCCUGGAGGCUUACACAAGUUUUCUUCAGCAACCAUGGUUCGUUAGGCACUAAGAGUAAAGUUAUUUAAAGGAACUAAGGGCCUCGGGGGGAAAAAUUAAUGUUAAUUUAGGUUUUAUAAUUAAUUAAAUUGAGAACGUAUAAUGAUUAUGGUUAGAUUUAAAAUACAGAAGUGCAAAUUAAAAACUCAAAUGUGUAACAGAUUUCGGUUCUUGCAAAAAAAAAAAAAGAGACAAAAUAAGUACACAAAAUUAUAUUACAAAUAUCAGGGGAACUGCAACCAUCAGAGAUUACAUUUUUUAUAUGGAACAGUAACAAACUUUUACCAACACACAUUUAAUUAAUAUGAAAUACAACUACAACAUAUUACAUAAUGUGAUUUUUCUGAUACUAAAAACCGUAAGACCAUUUGAUGCAAAAUAUAUUUUGUGCAAAAAUUAAAGAGACUGUAUUUCAAGAGAGUAGAAAAGGAAAGAUGAAUCACUAGCAGGUACCCAUUGAUAGGAACUGAGUUUUUCCCAACAUCUAUCCCACUGCCAGCAAUGGGAGUGGUGACAAAAAAAUAAAAUUUUAUAUGUUACUUUGAAAUACAUAAUGCCAGAUUAUUUCAAUAUUCUGAAAAGCAAACAUCCACUCUUGACCACUUAACAAAGACACGCCCCAGAAAAUUCUAUUAGGUUGUCAACAUUAAUCUGAAUGGGGGAUGAGAGUGGCACAGAUGGAAGGCUUAGGGGGGG